GGCGGAAAGGGGAAAGCGCUGGUUGGUGGCUUGGGCCAGAGGGCUGGAAAUAGCAUCUCUCUCUCUCUCUCUCUCUGACCGGCUCUUCUCCCCCCCCCCGCCCCCCAUGAUUUAGAUAGAAGCGCCGUCUUCUGUGCCGUGGAGAUACAAACGGUGCGCGUCCGCUCCACGCACAGCCGUGCAGCCCAGGGCUCGGUCCAGCAAACCCCGGGGACUGCGCGCUCUCCGCCGCCCAGCGAAGAAACAGCAGGGAAGGAACAGCCCAAGGAAGGCGCAGCAGCUCCCUCGCCCAGGGAAGGAGCGGCACCUCCUCGGGGCCCGGCGCUCUCGCCCACAGGAGGGGCAGCAGCGUUUCCAGAUUCAUCGAAGCCCCGCUCUGCCUGCUACAGUAUGCCGAGCAAGAAGUUCUUCGAGAACCUCUCGGGAGGAGGGAAAGCCAUCGGGGUCUUGACCAGCGGCGGCGAUGCUCAAGGUAUGAAUGCAGCCGUCCGUGCAGUAGUACGGAUGGGGAUCUACGUUGAAGCAAAAGUAUAUUUUAUCUACGAGGGUUAUGAAGGCAUGGUUGAUGGAGGUGAAAAUAUAGUUGAAGUUACAUGGGAAAGUGUUUCAAGCAUCCUCCAAGUGGGAGGGACGGUUAUUGGCAGUGCACGCUGCAAAGCUUUUCGGACCCGGGAGGGUCGUUUGAAGGCAGCCCGCAAUUUGGUUAAGUGCGGAAUCACGAACCUUUGUGUGAUUGGUGGAGAUGGCAGCUUAACGGGUGCUAACUUGUUUCGUGCGGAGUGGAGUGGGCUGUUGGAGGAGCUGGCAAAAAACGGUGAGAUUGACGACGAGGCUGUGAAGAAGUAUGUUUACCUCAAUAUUGUGGGAAUGGUCGGUUCCAUUGACAAUGACUUCUGUGGUACAGAUAUGACCAUCGGCACUGACUCAGCCUUGCACAGAAUCAUUGAAGUUGUGGAUGCCAUCAUGACCACUGCUCAAAGCCACCAGAGGACCUUUGUCCUGGAAGUGAUGGGAAGACACUGUGGGUACCUGGCUCUUGUUAGUGCCUUAGCCUGUGGCGCAGAUUAUGUCUUUAUUCCUGAAUAUCCACCUGAGGAAGGAUGGGAAGACCAUAUGUGUGCUAAGCUUUCUGAGAACCGUGCACGAAAGAAAAGGUUGAAUAUCAUAAUUGUAGCAGAAGGUGCGAUUGAUUCCCAUAACAAAGCUAUAACUUCAGAACAAGUGAAGGAUCUUGUGGUGCAACGGCUAGGGUAUGACACACGUGUAACUAUCCUUGGUCAUGUUCAAAGAGGAGGUACUCCCUCGGCUUUUGAUAGGAUUUUGGCAAGUCGCAUGGGUGUGGAGGCCGUCCUCGCCCUUCUAGAAGCUACACCUGAGACCCCUGCUUGUGUGGUAUCCCUGUCUGGAAACCAAGCUGUCCGCCUGCCUUUAAUGGAGUGUGUGCAGAUGACCCAAGAUGUGCAGAAGUGCAUGGAUGAAAGGAAGUUUCUUGAGGCUGUGGAGCUCCGUGGAAGGAGUUUUGAGAACAAUUUGAAUACAUACAAGCUGUUGUCUACCAAAAAGUCAGCUGCUGAGCUUCCCAAGAGUAACUUCAACGUAGCUGUUCUAAAUGUAGGCGCUCCAGCAGCUGGAAUGAACGCAGCUGUGCGUUCCGCGGUGAGAAUUGGGAUAACUGAAGGACACAAAAUGUUUGCUGUUACUGAUGGGUUCGAAGGCUUUUCAAGAGGGCAGAUCAAAGAAAUCAGCUGGGGAGAUGUUGGAGGUUGGACUGGCCAAGGAGGGUCAAUCCUUGGCACAAAACGUACGCUCCCUGGAAAGUAUAUGGAGAAGAUUGCAGAACAGAUGCGAACUAAUAACAUCAAUGCCCUCCUAGUUAUUGGUGGAUUUGAGGCCUACCUGGGACUUUUGGAACUCUCUGCUGCCCGGGAGAAAUAUGACGAGUUUUGUAUUCCCAUGGUUAUGGUUCCUGCAACCGUAUCCAACAAUGUACCGGGUUCAGAUUUCAGCAUUGGUGCAGACACUGCUCUGAACACUAUCACUGAUGCCUUUGAGAGCUGCUUGCAGUUAGCUGAAGCACGGGCCAACUAUGAAGCGUUUUGCAUCCCGAUCUGUGUGGUGCCUGCUACUAUUAGCAACAAUGUGCCUGGCACCGACUUCAGUAUCGGUGCUGACACUUCCCUGAAUGCCAUUGUAGAGACCUGCGACCGAAUCAAGCUGUCCGCAAGUGGGACAAAGCGCCGUGUGUUCAUCAUUGAGACGAUGGGAGGCUACUGUGGCUACCUGGCAAAUAUGGGGGCCCUUGCUGCAGGGGCUGAUGCAGCAUACAUCUUCGAGGAGAGGUUUGAUAUUCGGGAGCUCCAGGCCAAUGUGGAGCAUCUGACUGAAAAGAUGAAGACGGGUAUUCAGCGUGGUUUGGUGCUGAGGAAUGAAAACAGUAGUGAGAACUACACAACUGACUUCAUUUACCAGCUGUAUUCUGAAGAAGGGAAAGGAGUCUUUGACUGCAGAAAGAACGUCCUGGGACACAUGCAGCAGGGUGGUGCUCCUUCUCCAUUUGAUAGAAACUUUGGGACAAAAAUUUCCGCAAAAGCUGUUCUGUGGAUCUCCAAGAAACUGAAAGAAUGCUACCGAAGAGGAAGGGUAUUUGCCAACAAGGAGGAUUCAGUCUGUCUUCUGGGAAUGCGCCGGAGGAACCUUGUUUUCCAGCCUGUGGUUGAAUUGAAGGUUGAAACAGACUUUGAGCAUAGAAUUCCCAAGGAACAAUGGUGGCUAAAGCUACGUCCGCUGAUGAAAAUUCUGGCCAAAUACAAGACCAGCUACGAUAUUUCAGAUUCAGGCCAGUUAGAGCACGUGCAGAGACCAAACCCAAACGAAGCCUGAGGGGGUUGAUCCCAAGAUGUCGUACCGUUAAAGUUUGUGAUAGCUGUCCAUUGUGUGUCAACAAUGCUUUAGAAUACUUGUUACAGCUUCCUUUUGUAACAUCUAAGUUAUUGUACCAGCACUUUAUGUGGGAAAACAAAGCAGCCAUCACAGAAGUUCUCUGCCUGGUAUUGUUUUAGGGUUCUCAAUACACCACACGAACACCCUAGCGCCUGACUUGACAAAGCCAACCCAGUUACCAAUGUGCUCCUUACCGAUAACCUGUCCAAAGCCGGUUCUAUGCACUCCGUGUGACGUUAUUCAUCUCUUGCACUUUUUACCAGAUAGUGUUUACACUCAAAAACAUUACAGAGGCUUAGUUUUGUGUCAUGCUAAAAGGAAAAUUAUAUAGGCUCCAGCUGGAAUAAAAAUACUAUAUUACAAAUAA